CUUAACCAAAUGUCAUGGAAAGAGACCGAUGAACAAGUAAAGUGUUCAUCUCUCUCUCUCUCUCUCUCUUCCUCUCGUUUCAGCCAACGUCGUCGUCACGAUCCACGACGAUUCAGCUCCGACUACCAUCUAUCAUCUCCUUGACACCUCAUUCCUUUUCAUUUCCUUGUCUCCUCUCUCAAAUUCUCUACCUUUUCCCCUCUAAUUCAAAACCCUAAUCCCCCUCCCCCAAUCAACCCCAUCUCAGCUUCUUUCGAGAUUCCAAGACCUGGGUCUUGACUCCAACCAAUUCAAUCGAAGAAACCCUCAAAAAUCCCCAACAAAGUCUCAACCUUUUCAAAAACCUCCCCUCUCCUCGAAAUGGACGCGAUUAGGGUUCCGUCUCUCACGGAGUCAACCUCCCAUACGGAAACCCUCAACGGCACACACGAGUUCAAGAUCAGCGGCUACUCCCUCGUCAAAGGCAUGGGCGUGGGCAAAUACGUCGCCUCCGAGACCUUCACCCUCGGCGGCUACUCCUGGGCGAUCUACUUCUACCCUGACGGGAAGAGCCCGGAGGAUAACUCCGUCUACGUGUCCCUCUUCAUAGCCCUCGCCAGCGAAGGAGCCGACGUCAGGGCUCUCUUCGAGCUGACCCUCGUCGACCAGAGCGGUAACGGGAGGCAUAAAGUCCAUAGCCAUUUCGGGAGGACGCUCGAGAGCGGUCCUUAUACUCUUAAGUACAGAGGAAGUAUGUGGGGAUAUAAACGGUUUUUCAAGAGGAGUCUUUUGGAGUCGUCUGAUUACUUGAAGGACAAUUGUCUUGUUGUUCGGUGUUGUGUCGGGCUUGUGAAGUCACGUACGGAAGGACCGAGGAGUUAUGAUAUCCCUGUGCCGGUUUCUGAGUUUGGUCGUCAGUUUGGGAAGCUUCUGGAGAGUGGGAGAGGAGCUGAUGUUACUUUCCGUGUUGAUGGAGAGACGUUUCCUGCUCAUAAACUGGUUCUCGCGGCUCGUUCUCCUGUUUUCAGGGCGCAGAUCUUUGGCCCGUUGAAGAGCCGUGAUACUAAAUGUAUUAACAUAGAAGACAUGGGAGCUCCUAUUUUCAAGAUGUUUCUUCAUUUUAUCUACUGGGACGAGUUGCCUGAUAUGGAAGAUGUUAUGGGGACAGAUUUGAAAUGGGCAGCGACUCUGGUGGCUCAGCAUCUGCUUGCGGCUGGGGACCGUUACGCUCUCGAGCGGCUUAGAACAAUCUGCGAGUCACGACUCUGUGAAGGGAUUAGCAUCAACACGGUUGCAACCACCUUGGCUUUGGCAGAGCAGCAUCAUUGUUUCCAGCUGAAAACUGCUUGCCUCAAAUUCAUAGCUUUGCCAGAGAAUCUAAAAGCUGUGAUGGAAACGGAUGGGUUUGAUUAUCUGAAGGAGAGCUGCCCUUGCUUACUAAGCGAGCUGCUGGAGUAUGUGGCUAGGCUGAGCGAGCAUUCUUUAGCAUCUUCAGGGCAUGGGAAGGAGUUAUAUGUUGAGGGCUGUGACGUGAAUGGGAGACGAGUGAAGCAACGGUUACACUAAGUAACUAACUCUUGAUGUUGGAGCCAUUUGGUAGAAGAGCCAUGAUUUGUGUAUUUGUCAUUUGUAAAAGGAUUAGUGAUUGUUGAUCUGUUGUUGUCCAGUAAGUAGAGUGAAAAUGUUGUUUUUGUA